UCAAAAUGGAGGAGAAGCCAUUUCAGUGUUCUGAAUGCGAUAAAUCCUUUACAAAGAAGGCAAAUCUGAUCAAACACCAGAUAGUUCACACUGGAGAGAAGCCAUUUGAGUGCCCCGAAUGUGACAAAACCUUUACCCAGAAGAGUAACCUCAACUUACACAUGAGCAUUCACACCGGAGCCAAGCUGUAUCGGUGUUCAGAUUGUGGCAAAGAUUUUCGAGUGAAGGCAAAUCUGAUCACACACCAGAGGGUUCACACUGGAGAGAAACCGUAUCCGUGUUCUGAAUGUGGCAAUGCUUUCACGUCAAAGUCACAGCUUACCAGACACCAGAGGAGUCACACC